GUGGAUCCUGAAGAAAGAAGAAGAGGAAUUAAUACUGAAGCCAUUAACGAUAAUGCCUUGGCGUUAAUGGUGGCAUUAGAAAGACCAAGAUGCUACAGUGUUGCCUCCUUUACCACAGAAGAGGUAAAAUACAAGAUUGCCGUAGAGAAGGAUGUCAUAACAGGCUGUUCUUGUGCUGAUUUUCAAUGGAACCAAACAUCUUGCAAGCACAUGCAUCUCUUGAAACGGGUCGAGCCUACCAUUAUUAUCUACCCAAAUAUGUAA